GCGAAGAAGAACUCGGUCUCUCCUCUCUCUCCUCUCCUCCUCCUCCGCCAGAUCCUCUCGCUUCCGCCUUCGAUCUCGGGGAGAAGGAAGGAAGGAAGAGGACGACGAUGGAGGCCAAUGGCGGCCUGGUCGCCGGAUCUUACAAGAGGAACGAGCUGGUCCGGAUUCGCCACGACUCGGACGGCGGACCCAAACCCCUGAAGAAUUUGAAUGGCCAGAUUUGUCAGAUAUGUGGCGAUACCGUUGGACUUACGGCCAGCGGCGAUGUUUUUGUUGCUUGCAAUGAGUGUGCAUUCCCUGUGUGCCGUCCCUGUUAUGAGUACGAGAGGAAAGAUGGUAACCAAUCAUGUCCUCAGUGCAAGUCUCGAUAUAAGAGGCACAAAGGUAGUCCUCGAGUUGACGGAGAUGAUGAUGAGGAUGAGGUUGAUGACCUGGAGAAUGAGUUCAAUUAUGCCCAGGGAACCAGUGCUGCAAGGCAACAGUGGCAGGGAGAAGAUCCAGAUCUUUCUUCUUCUUCUAGACAUGAAUCUCGACAUCCAAUCCCUCUUCUAACCAAUGGGCAGCCGAUGUCUGGUGAAAUCCCUUGUGCUAGUAUUGACAGCCAAUCUGUGAGGACUACAUCUGGACCUCUGGGUCCUUCUGAUAAACAUGUGCACUCGCUUCCCUAUGUUGAUCCCAGACAGCCAGUUCCUGUGCGGAUUGUGGAUCCAUCAAAGGAUUUGAAUACUUAUGGCCUCGGAAAUGUUGACUGGAAGGAAAGGGUUGAAGGAUGGAACUUAAACAAGAGAAACAUGACGCAGAUGCCAAACAAAUAUCAUGAAGGGAAGAACGACAUAGAGGGCACUGGCUCUAAUGGAGAAGAACUUCAAAUGGCUGAUGAUGCACGUCAACCUAUGAGUCGUGUGGUGCCUAUAUCGUCGUCUCACCUCACUCCGUACCGUGUUGUAAUUAUCCUUCGGUUGAUUAUUUUGGGGUUUUUCCUACAGUAUCGUGUAACACACCCAGUGAAAGAUGCUUAUCCUUUGUGGCUUACAUCGGUUAUUUGUGAGAUUUGGUUUGCUUUAUCCUGGCUUUUGGAUCAGUUCCCAAAAUGGUCACCCAUCAAUCGGGAAACAUACCUUGACAGGCUUGCUUUGAGACAUGAUCGUGAAGGGGAGCCUUCACAGUUGGCUCCUGUUGAUGUCUUUGUGAGUACUGUGGAUCCUUUGAAAGAACCUCCUCUCAUAACAGCGAACACUGUCUUAUCCAUACUUGCCGUGGAUUACCCCGUCGACAAAGUGUCGUGUUAUGUCUCUGAUGAUGGGUCUGCGAUGUUGACUUUUGAAGCCCUCUCUGAAACUGCUGAGUUUGCAAGGAAGUGGGUGCCCUUCUGCAAAAAGCACAACAUUGAGCCACGAGCUCCUGAAUUCUACUUUGCCCAGAAAAUAGAUUACUUGAAGGACAAGAUACAGCCUUCUUUUGUAAAAGAACGCAGGGCAAUGAAGAGAGAAUAUGAGGAGUUCAAGGUGCGAAUCAAUGCUUUGGUUGCAAAGGCACAAAAGAUGCCAGAAGAAGGGUGGACAAUGCAGGAUGGCACUGCCUGGCCUGGAAAUAACCCCAGGGAUCACCCUGGAAUGAUACAGGUUUUCCUGGGCCACAGUGGGGGACUUGAUACUGAUGGAAAUGAGCUACCUCGACUUGUUUAUGUUUCUCGUGAAAAGCGACCUGGUUUCCAACAUCACAAGAAAGCUGGAGCCAUGAAUGCUUUGAUCCGGGUCUCGGCUGUCCUAACCAAUGGAGCAUAUCUUUUGAAUGUUGACUGUGAUCAUUACUUUAAUAAUAGUAAAGCAUUGAAAGAAGCAAUGUGUUUCAUGAUGGAUCCCGCUUAUGGAAAGAAGACGUGCUAUGUGCAGUUCCCACAACGUUUUGAUGGGAUUGACUUGCAUGAUCGAUAUGCUAACCGCAACAUCGUCUUCUUUGAUAUUAACUUGAAAGGGCUUGACGGCAUCCAAGGUCCUGUCUAUGUCGGAACUGGAUGUUGUUUCAACAGGCAAGCCCUUUAUGGAUAUGACCCUGUAUUGACUGAGGAAGAUCUGGAACCAAAUAUUAUUGUAAAGAGUUGUUGUGGUUCAAGAAAGAAGGGGAAGGGUGGCAAUAAGAAGUACAUUGACAAGAAAAGAGCAAUGAAAAGAACUGAAUCCACUGUUCCAAUUUUCAAUAUGGAAGAUGUUGAGGAGGGGGUUGAAGGAUAUGAUGAUGAGAGGUCGCUCCUGAUGUCUCAGAAAAGUCUAGAGAAAAGAUUCGGUCAGUCUCCUGUUUUCAUUUCGGCUACUUUCAUGGAACAGGGUGGCCUACCACCAUCUACCAAUCCUGCAACACUUUUGAAAGAAGCCAUCCAUGUUAUUAGCUGUGGCUAUGAGGACAAGACUGAAUGGGGCAAAGAGAUCGGAUGGAUAUAUGGUUCUGUUACAGAAGAUAUUUUGACUGGAUUUAAGAUGCAUGCUCGGGGCUGGAUUUCAAUCUAUUGUAUGCCUCCUCGCCCAGCAUUCAAGGGGUCUGCUCCCAUCAAUCUUUCUGAUCGUUUAAACCAGGUUCUCAGGUGGGCCUUGGGGUCAAUUGAGAUUUUGCUAAGCAGGCAUUGUCCUAUAUGGUAUGGAUAUAAUGGGAAAUUGAGGCUCUUGGAGAGAUUGGCGUACAUCAAUACAAUUGUGUAUCCCCUCACCUCAAUACCGCUGAUUGCGUAUUGUAUUCUCCCUGCAUUUUGUCUUCUCACUAACAAAUUUAUUAUACCUGAGAUAAGCAACUUUGCUAGCAUGUGGUUCAUUCUCCUUUUCGUCUCAAUUUUCACGACUGGUAUUCUUGAGCUCCGUUGGAGUGGUGUCAGCAUUGAGGAUUGGUGGAGGAAUGAGCAGUUCUGGGUCAUUGGUGGUACAUCCGCUCACCUUUUCGCUGUGUUCCAAGGGCUUCUUAAAGUGCUUGCUGGCAUUGAUACCAACUUCACAGUCACUUCGAAAGCAGGCGAUGAGGAUGGAGACUUUGCUGAGCUUUAUGUGUUCAAAUGGACAUCGCUUCUCAUUCCUCCGACCACAGUUCUUAUCGUGAACAUCAUUGGCAUUGUAGCAGGUGUGUCUUAUGCGAUUAACAGCGGGUAUCAGUCAUGGGGUCCACUGUUUGGCAAGUUGUUCUUCGCCAUAUGGGUUAUUGCUCACCUUUACCCAUUCCUGAAGGGUCUGUUGGGUCGGCAGAAUCGUACUCCUACGAUUGUUAUUGUGUGGUCUAUCCUUCUUGCUUCCAUAUUCUCAUUGCUCUGGGUACGGAUUGACCCUUUCACCUCGGCCACCACGGCAUCUACUGCAAAUGGUCAAUGCGGCAUCAACUGCUAAUUGUAUCAUGCUCGCCUGUGGGGGGAGCCAUCAUCUUCAAGUGCUUAUUGUUCUUUUAUGUAUAUAACAAGAUUCUCAUUGCCACCCAAAGUCACUUUUCAUCAUUGAGGCAAUACUUUCGUCCGGGAAGAAGCUGGGUGGAAAACAGAAAAAGCAGAGAAUGUCAUUUUUUGUCAUGUCCUUUCCACAGUUGCCCGUGUUGGAUCAAAACAGGCAUCUCGAACCUUUGAUUCGUCUGUUGUUAUUUAUUGUGCAGUAUUUUGUUGUUUGAUCACAAGAAUGUAGCACUUUCGAACUUAAUUCAGCACUUAAAGGUUGAAUACAGAACAAGUUCAUUGGUCAAGC